AUGACGGCAUUUGACUAUAUUUGCAAUAUAUCGAGUAACAAGAUGAAUUGGAAUUUGAAGGUACAAAUAGUGAGAUUGUGGCACGUUCCAGACCGCAAAAAACUAGACAACACCGUCUCCCUUGAAUUAAUUAUUCAAGAUGAAAAGGGCGAUCGUAUUCAUAAGAUUGUUGGCCGAUCACUUAUACGUAUGUUCAAAUCAAAGAUAAAAGAAUUGGGUUUGUACGUUAUGAAGAAAUUUGUGGUUGGACCAAAUUAUACAAAACUUAAAUACACGCGACAUAAAUUGAAGUUGGCAUUUACUCAUAAGACGAUUGUCGAGGAAGCAAAUGAUCAUCUUUUUGGUAUGACUAUCUUCGACUUAAAACCUUAUGAGUAUUUGAUAAACAAAAUUAAUGUUGAAGAAAGUGAACUCUUCGAUGUCAUUGGAGAGGCUGUAAGUUAUGGUGAGGUAGAAUCCCAUAACCAAGGUGAUAAAACCAACAAUUAUAUGAAUGUGGAACUUGAAGAUCCUUUGGAGCACGUUGGUGUUCCUAUGAUGUUGCUGAGAAAGAUAGACCAGUCAUCAGGAUUGUGUAAUGGCACAAGGUUGAUCAUCACAAGACUUGAAAAUCGAGUUAUUGAAGCCAAGGUUUUAUCGGGUAAAAUGGCUGGACAAAAAGUGUUUAUCCCGAGAAUGACGUUGACGCCAUCAGAUGCAAGAAUACCUUUUAAGUUUCAGCGAAGAUAA